AUGAUGCAGAAGCUUAGCGACAGCGCCAUCGUCAACGCUACUCCCUCCGUGGAGCGGACGACGACAAGCGGGGCCAAGUCUGCAGCUUCGUCGUGGACGUCAUCUGCCGCUGCCGGGAGUACCAGUAGCUCCGCUGACGCAUCAGCAACGCUUCAAGCAGCGAUAGCAAAGUAUAUGCACCAACGUCUCACAAUGUGUUCUUCCAUAGACGACGCAGGUGCCGACGAGUUGCAGUCGUCUAAGAAUAACGGCGCUGGAGAGAAGCACGCAUGCCCUUCGUCCAGCGAGGCAGCUCGAAGAACGCCAUCGCAGCGCGCCGGCGACGGUAGCGACAAUGUGAAUGAAGCUCACCUUGUCACCUGCACGCAGCAAGUCGAAGCCCAUCUCUUGCGCUGCCUCCUGCACGUGGAGCUCACUCCGGGUUGGCUGCCCAGUCAGCCUGAGGUCAUUGGCGGGGCCCUCGGCAUCCCUAGUGUCACCACAACAUCUGGAAUGGCGGAGGGAAGCCGGCAGGUACACAGAGCAGCACCGCGGGUUGCGACGACAACAACGAACAAAACGACCAGCGCGGAAGGCGAGCAGUCUCCGCCACCCCGGCGCGCUUCCGCAUCGGCAGUGGGCGAGAAGUACUGUUCAGUGGAGAGCACCGGAGCCGGUGGUCACAGUCAGAGAAAUCCGACUGCUGCCGCUUCCUCGUCUCCGCGUGCUCGUGCGUCCAGCGGCGGCGCAAAGGCAAAGGAGCUGUACUACACUUACACCCACCAAGGCAUACCCCCCUCCCGACCGCACUGGCAUGGCGGCAGCCCUGCCGGUAUCGCCCCUGCGUCAUCAACACGCUCGCCGAACUGCAGCAGUAGUGGAGCGGCCUCAGCAGAGGUGGUCAAGGGGGCUCAGGCGUCGACGAAGCGGCGGCGACGCGCAAACCGCGACAGCGCUGCUGCGAAAAGCACUGCAGCCGGUACUACGGCCACACUGCCGCCUGAACCAGAUAUCUCAGAGGGCGCACCGCCUACCGACAGCAACGGGCUCUCCGCAUUUCCAUACACCCGUGGCGGCGUCGUCCGCCCGCUUCACGCAACUGAAAUACGCUCCGCUCUGCGUUCGUGGCCGUCUCGCGUCGCGCAGUACGUCCUCGCGACAACUUUCGCCGAACAAGAACUGCGGAGCGCUGCGGCAAGCACGGAUGGCGUGGCCAACGUCGGCGCGCCUGCAGAACAUAGAGCUUGUAGAAGCAGUGCACCGGCGAGUAACGCACACAAGGAGGGGAGGGCCUCUGCCACAGAACCUUCGCAAGCUGGCGACAACGACGAGGUGGACGAGGACGAGGCAGGCGUCGUCAUCGACGCCCUUGUGCGGCGUCUGUAUAAUGUGCUGCAACACACUCGUUUGGCUUUGGACGCCGGUGCCACUGGUGCUGACAAGCCGGCUGCCGUCGCUUUCCCGUCGUUUGCGCGCUUUUAUCUCACAGAUGAUGCGCCAGGGAAUAUCGCCCAUGACGGUGGUGCCAGUGAGCACGUGUCACAUCAACGAAUGGGCGAAGACAGGGACGUUCAUCUUUACCUCGCGCGACUGACCGAUGUGCUUCUCUCAACCAUCACCCCGGGUGUCGCAGGAGCAAGCUACUUAGCGUGGAAGGACGAAGUCAGCUCAAUAGGGGGACUUGGGUUAUCAGGGGACAUCGCCACCGAGAUUGGAGCGCUCCUGAAGCACACGCCCCUCAUCACGGUACCAAACCACCCUUCAGCAUCCCCUGCUAGUACACUAGCAGUUACAACGGAAGACGUCGACGCCACCGCACCUCUCCUGACACCGAGGGACGCCGUGUGGCGUGCGCUGCGCUCUCUGCUCCACCUCUCCCCUUCGUCCUCGCACAACUCCACGAUGUGCACGUCGCCUCUUGUCGUGGGACUUGUGCGUCGCUACACCCCUGUUCAACCCACCACCAGCAACGGUGGCAGUGGUGGCGACGGUGACGACGGUCUUCGUGUUCGUUUCCUUCCAGCGGGGGAUCUUCUCCGUACCGCGGAUGUCCCUACGUCCGCUGCAGCCGCACCUGCGCCCGACGAUCGCCAGCGCGACUGCCAACACGCCGCACGCGACCGUAUACAGACGCCUGCCUUCUACACCGCUGUUCUUCUUGAAGUGACCGGGAGGGAUGUGCUCCACUCGACAGCCAGUCACGAGGAUGCGGUGGCGCUAGAGGAAGAGUCGACCUCAAAGGUGCGGUACGAGGCCGAUGUGCCAGAGACAUACCGUGAUCGUCAUCGCCGCCGCUGCAUGAUGGCCCAGAAUCACCGCGGUGUCCACUACAGCAGCAGCAGCAGCACGCACAGAGACGACGCACUGCGAAGCGGUAGAACCGACUUCGGCGACAAUAUCGGUUCUUCGACGGCGCUGUCGAGUCGCGACCGUUGUCUCUCGCGUCGUGAGUGUGCGUUGUGGGAGACGCUGCUGGCACUUGCGCACUUUGUUCACGUCUCCGGCACACCUGCAGAGGUGGAGACGACGGCGCGGUACGUCACCCUGGCCAUUCGGCACCGCCGCGAGGCACGGCAGCAGUCACAGCGCGACCCACGACAGGUGUACAGUGCAAGUGCAACGCCAGUGUCGGUUGCCGAGAGCACCGCCUUGCCUUCUGUGCCGGCCUUCUUCUUCACGCUAACAGAGACCUCAGCGCUUCGGUCCGCUGCCGCUACGGACGGCGUGGCACGCCCGAUUCUCUUCUGGAACGACCUGGACGACGGCGACGACCAUGUCGAAGUGCCUGCCGAGGCCGUGCACGGUAUUCAACCCAAAACGGGCGGCGCUCAGCCGACUGCCACCGCUGCUGGGCGGCCUAGCUUAUUUUUCGGAGGCUCUGGACUUGGACUGCGAGCCCUACUGGGCUGGGGCAAAGGUGCGACCACAGCACUUCCGGUGCAGCCCACCUCGCCAAGCUCUGGCGCGCAAGACCGUUGCAGUAGCAACAGUAUCCGGGUGCCGCCGCAGCGUGACAAGGGAGAGCAUCAGGUCCAUGCAUCGUCAGCAGAGCAACCUUCCCAUACAACCUUGGAGGAAUCAGCUGAGGAACUCAUCAUGGACUGGAUGCACGAUGUGCUCAUCCCUCUCUUUUUUGAGACUACCCUAUCCGGCAGCUUCGCGCCUCAGCGGAGCUCAGCGACGCCAGUCAAAUCGCCGGAGGGCAACGAGCAUGGCGACAGCAUGGACGAUGGGUCUGCUGCAGCUGCCACGGCGAGACGUCGACGAGCAUCGUACCACUUGCGCAGCCAGCGCGUCUUGCUCGGCCGUGUGCAGGUGGUGACACCGUCUAUGGUGUAUGGUGGCUCCAUCACAGCAAAAACCGCAAGUACUGCCGCCGCCUCGCUGGUGUGUGAUAUGGAAGCGGUGAUGGAGGCCGUGGUGCACGACAGUAUGUUCGACGCUUAUCUUCUCUCCUACUUGCUACUGAACCAGCUCUUCUUCGCUCCUGAUGGCUCUCCAGCGGAUGCGGCGCACGAUGCGUUCAGCUCGCCCACUCAGCGCGCCCGUUCGGCCCCGCUGCCUGAGUGGACAUCCGAACACCCGCGCUCGGCAGCGGCGGUGCAGCAGCGCUUGCAACAAGACGGCUCCCGAUCGAAUGGACUGCGCCCGAUACGCGCUUCGUCGACCUCAGCGGCAGCGGGGUCGUCACCGCACUCGCCCAAUGCGCAGUCUCGCCGGGUGAGUUUUCUUGAGGAUGCCUCCCUUUCCACACCGCCGCGGCUAGCUACCCCACUCCGCUCCGCGGAGAGCGGCGCUGGAUCGCCGCAGACGCAGCUGUCAUGCACCAUUGUGAACGGCACCUCGCCUGACCGGUCCUCCUCCGCUGUUGGCUCACCACGUAGCAUCCUUAAGUCAGGGAGGCGGUACAAGCGGGAUAAACUCAUCCGCAGCAGCGCACCAGCCACGUCUGUCGUGCCCUUUCGAAGCCUCUUCCUGUGGCGCUGGCUGGUGGCUGAGGUACUGGGCAACGACGACGGUGCGCACGGAGCUUCGAAGCAGCAACAACAGCAGGGCCCUAGAAAUAUCAGCGCCGUGUCCACCACUUUGUGCAUCACCUCAGCGGCCUACAUGCGCCACACACGAGCACUGGCCGUGCGCAUUGCCUCGGACGUCGCAACAGCGGUAUUGCUUGCCGGUCUGCUGGCGGAGCAGUAUGCCUGUUGCAGACAGCUGCGAGACCAUGAUGGGAAGGCGCAUCAAGAUGGCAGCUCAGCCGAGACGGAGCAUGACCACGGCGACACCUACUGCGAUGCGGCCAACAUUAAGGAAAAAUACAAGAGAGAAGCGCCAGAGGCGGUAAACACCGAAGCAGCGCCAUGGCACGCGCUAAAAUAUGACGACCUUCUGCCGCUGGCCAGAAGCGCCGCACUGGCGUUUGUGCGAGCAGCCCUUGCGCCAAUGCUGUGCUGCGACAACGCUGCCGCUGCGCACUUUACCGGUGUAAGCACAGAGGUGCACGUCGGCAUGGACUUCAGCGACGCAGGUAACGAGGACAAGUACAAGCGCGAGGGGUGCGACGACGCCAAUUCGGCAGACGACACCGACAGCGAGCAAAGCAGUACCGGCGCCACGUCCUACGUCGACGGCCACCGAGGACAGCACGAUGUCGGCAAGGAUGGCACAACACCACGCCACGAGCGCGCUUCUGCGCCGCCCGCCAUCUCCCUUCUAUCCCCGAGCCUCCCCGCCGAUGUUCUGAAUCGCCUGCAGACGCUCUCCGUUGUGUGCGUGUUGCAUGUACGGCAGGAAGUGCUCGAAAGCUUCACGAGGUCGUUGGAUGUGGUGCUUCGUCGCCUGACGUUGGCACUGGCAAGACACCGGCUGCGGGCUCUCUGCCGGCCUCUCGAUGAUGCUCUGCGUCGUGGCAAUGCCGCAGCGCUCCUGUGCGGUGCUGGUGGCAAUGCACCGCGCGUGCAGGUCGUGCGUCAGUUUUGGCAGCUUGCACGCCAGGUGCUGAGCUUGUACGAGGAGUGUCUCGUGCUACCCCACCUGAUUGCUGACACCGGUGUACCACUGCUGAUGGCGGUACCGACAGCCUUUGCGGAAGAGAAGAGCGAAGAGGUGGCAUCGGAAGCAGCAGUGAACGGACACAACGGAGACGGAAAGGCACACGCACGGGCGCACAAGGAGGAGUCGUCGGGGGAGAGAGAGCCCAUCUCCCUGCUAACAACAUGCCAAGAGAACGCGCCGACUCCGUCCUUCGCUGCCGGGACGCGCGUGAAGGCGCGCACCGGUGUGGGUAUCCGGAAGUUCCGGUUGUCACCAGAGCCGCAGCCGCCUCUCGUCAGCAGCGUGUGGCGGAACGGGGUCGGCUUUGUGCCUUUGUCCUUUGGCAACGCCAGCUUCGAUCCGGCUGGCCCAUCCACCAUCCUGCCUGCUCAGCGCACCGCCCCCCAGGUCACCCCUUCGCGGGAGUCUCGGACCUGCUCCCACGGAGGCUCGAACCCGCACUCUGCCAGCUCAAAUGACCCGUACAAUCAACAUCAUUCCCCAUUCGAUGGACGAGCAGUGCGUCUCGCAAGCGCUGGCGUCCGAGGCGCUGGCAGCAGCAGCAGCAGCAGCAGUAGCGUCUUGGAGAUCGCCGCAAGUGACUUCAUGAAUGCAGCUACCUCAGCGUUAGGGCUGCAGUGGACGCCACCAUUCGCGAGCUUGCGCACCCACGGCACCACAUCCGCCUCGCAGGUCCGUGCACCGCUCGGGGUGAAUAUGCGAACCGACACAACUACGUCCACGCCAGUGGGGAGCAACUGCUUUAAUGAGAGCAGCGGCAGCGGCAACGGCACCAACAUGGUGGCCUCCAGCAGCCGCGCCUACCAGCUGACCCCCCAAAGGGCCAUUGAUGCUGCGCUGGCGCUUCAUCGCAGCUGCGCCGGCGAUGCGUCACGUGGCAUCGAUGCCGCAUCGUCAGUGCGUCUGUUUCACUCGCCGUCAAUAGGGCUGGAUGUCCCUGUGUUCACCGCCUCUGACGCAUCCGAGAGUAGACAUCUGGCGGGGUCGCCACUGUGCGCCAUCUCGUCUGGGAGCGAGGCGUUUCAGCAGCGACCACAGCAUGGGACAGUGUCACCGCACGGGUCAAGCUUUCUCACUCUCACCUUCGCCGUGCCUCUCCUGCGCUGUCUGCAAACAGUGGUGUCCAGUGCAGGAGAGGGUGUAGAGGAGUGUGCGGCACAACCACGAAAGUCUCCGCAACGGACGCAACAGCCGUCCCAGUGGAUGCCCUGUGAAGGUCACGCUCCCGCGAUGGGGACUCGUGAAAGCAUCGAUGCGGCGAUGGGACCAACAGCACGGGCAGCCGAUGAAUCGCCGCUUCUGCCCGAGAGGGACGUCGACAUCGCCUCGUGGGGGUCAAAGAUAUCAGUGGUGCGUGUGAUACGGGUGCGCAGCGGCGUUGCCGUGGAGAGUCCGCUGCUGAGCCCUUUCGUCACUGAGGCGAAGCGCCUCAUGGUGGCAGCGUUGCUGCAGCGCUGGGUGCUGCCGUGGUUGACUCAGCUCAUACUUGUCAUGGAACAGGAAGUAGCAGAGGAGAAAAGGAGCAACGAAAGGGAUCGCGCACAUGCCGGGGGCACAACAGUCACUCACCGUAAAGCUGCGCCGAACUCGCCCACGCAGCGUAGCAUCCAGAGACGCCACAGUCUCACUCCGCCUACAGCCAGAUCGACCAUCUUCACAGACCCCGCCGCCAACCGCGGGCGCGUUGACAAAUCAGCUGGCGCAGACGAAGCGGCUUCAUCUGCUGCGGUAUCUCAGUGGGUGAGGCAAAUAACAGAGCUGACGCAGGAAAACGCAGUGCUGCACAGCCGUCUCCACGACACGCAGCGCCUGCUCGCCGACAUCCAUCAAACGCUCAGUGGACUGCGCAUGGCCGCUCGACAGUACGAACCGGUCGUAGCGCUUCAGAGGGAGACGACGGCAGCAGCAGCCGCGGCCGUCACGAGAGCUGUGACGGAUAGUAGUGUGUCACUCGUCGGCGGUGGAGACACUAUAACCCCACCGCAGCAGCUGGACUUCGUCUCCCCAUCGCCGCUUUUCUCCACACCGCAGGUGGCGCUUGGAAGUGACGUCGAGGUGGGGAGCCCACACGACGACGCAACGCUAGAGAAAGUGGUAAGGAGAGACUCUGUGGCCUCCCCACUGGAGAGCUUCUCGGUUACCUCACCGCUCCCUGAUGGUGUUUCACCGCAGCUCCUGUACUUUGCACGAACCGAGGAAGGCCGUGAGCGAGUGGUAGAGCUGUGUCAGCGCAUGGCUAUGCUGCUCAGCGGCGCUGCUGAUCCAGAAGACACGAGAGAAGAAAACACAGCGAGUACGCCGCCCUCGGCAAUCGCACAGGACGGUGAUCUACCCUCUCGACUCCCGUCGUCCACGUCUGCGCUGGCCAAGUCGCACUCUUCCGUGUUGAACUCCCUCAGCCAAGGCAUGCAGGGCUCACAAUGCCCGUCGCUACCGGAGCCGACGUCAGCGGAGCUGGAGGCCACCGCCACGGUGUGCGGCGACUACAGCGCGCGGCGCCGGCACUCUGCCGUCAGCCACGGGCCGUCGCAGCUGUUCUCGCCGUUGGUGCCGCAGUCCUUCCGCCGCACCAGCACCGCACACACCCUCAUGUCUUUCGCACCUACCGCAGCACUGGCCAUGAGCAGCACACUCGCCGCUGAGACGCCCUGCUCGACGCCUAUUGCCGUGCUUAUUGUGGGGGCCUCAAGCGACUUCAGCACAGGAAGCUCGCCGGCGCCGCUCUCGCGACAAAACUCCUUGCAGCAGCAGCAAUACAUCCCGCCGCUGUUGCCCUCCUCUGUGCAAUCAGCGGCACCGCAACAGCAUACUGCCGACCCUUCCUUGAGCGGUACGGAUGUCGGUGUGCUAAGGAAGAGAGUGGUAACCCACUCAGCAUCGGCGCCGUCGCAUGUUUCCCCACCGCCGCUCGGCUCAGGUGCCACAUCGCUCCAACAGAAAGCUACUCUGUGGAAUCCGGGGACGCAAGUGACACCGCCCGUGCUGCCGCCUUUGGAGCCGGUAGCGGCCCUGGAGUCGUCUCCGUCUCCUACCACACUCAUAGCCCCAUCGGCGCAGGUACAACACACGCCGCCGCAACGGCAUGGCAGCUCAGCAGGUAAUGUGGAGGCAGGCGCACACAUGUCUGAUAAACAGCAGCACAGCACAACAAGCAGCAAAGCCGCUCCCAGCGCGGACUCGGAGGAUUCACAUGGGACGCAAGAAGCUAUGCCCUACGACGAUCGUCGCCGACUCCACGGUAGCCCCGGCGAAAAUGGUGACGGCAACAGCGACGACCGACAAGCAACGUCCUCGACGCUUUCCUCCCCAUCAGUACACUCGUCAUACUCAGCGCAGCGAGCGUCCUCCGCUGUGGAGUUACGCGGAUCCGCAGCUUUGUCCUUCUCGCUGCCGCCACCGCUGUCGCCGCCAUCACCAUCGACAACGUCCUCUGGAACAUCCCCUAAGCCUCCCUUCGAGGUCCACGAUGGGUCCUGCAAGGAUGCUUUGGUGGUCACAACGGCCACCGUACACACCAGCGCACCACAUACCGUUUUCCUCUGCGAAAAGGAUGCUGAUGUGCAAGAAAGUGCGAUCGCUGACGCAGUGGCGGCGGCGGCGGCCGAUACCGAGGCAGCAGGGAGCGAUGGCAGCGCCACAGAGGCACCGAAAGGCACAGAAGGCGACGGCGUGAUUGUGACCGCUGCAGAUGAAGUGCGUUGGCUGGCAAAGGGCGCAUCGCGUGUUGAUCCUGAAGGCGACCUGUCGGAGCAGCCGACCGGGUUGCCGGAGACGGGCGGGGUGUCUGACCCGCAGCCCUUGCUUGGCGACACCCUCUUGCCGCUUCCUCGGGUGCUGCUGAUUCCCCCAAUUCCGCAGCUACCGUAUAAGCAGCCUACAUCGAAAACACUUCUCCGAUCUCGAGAGAGUCCCCCUCUCAUAAGCCUUGUCACACGCCGUGUCACCGUCAGGACGCAGUCGUCGCCUAUCUCCUCUCCCUCGCCGGCGACGCUGCAGUGCACCGACUCUGAAGCGGCGACGCACGGUGAGCCGCACGUCACCGCCAGCGAUGACGAGGUGGAGCGAGCGAGUCACGAGAGUGGCGGUGCAAGCUGUGACGGCGGCGCCUUGCCUGUCCAGCAUGCAAUCACUGACGACGCUGGCGAAGUGGAUGGUGCGGUGGGGCCGAAACUAAUGUGGACCAAAGCGGAGACACUGCAGGUCCGUCGAUGCCUCUUACCUACGCGUGAGGACGCCAACGGUGUUGCUUCUGCGCCGGUAUCAUCAGCUGCAGAGGAGCAGGCGGCCCAACACGUGACGGCAACAGCUACGGUGUCUUCAUCGCCGUGGCGGGAGCGGACGCCGGCGCGAAACAGCGAGGCCGCCGUUACGGCGCUGGCAGAUUUGCAGCAACGCCUCUCUGGCUCCAACAGCGCGGUGGCUGAGCUGCGUCAGCAACUGCAGCAGGUGGAAGAGGAGCUACGCGAGAAGGAAGCAGCCAUGGCAUGCCUCACGGAGCAGCUCUCAGCUACCGAGGCGGCGCUAGGUGCCGCGCGGCAGGCAACAAUCUUGGCCAAGGAGGAGGCGCAACAGCAGCAGCAUCGGAGACUUUCCGCACCAUCGCCAACACCACCGCGUGUGUCUGUGGCCACCAGCACCGUGCAGGUGUUGCUCUCGGCCUCUGCGUCUUCGACCCCGUUGUGCGAAGAAAGAGCGAAAGAGGUGGAUCGUGGCAGCGUCGCUUGCGCCCCCGUUGUCGCCAUGGAGGAGACGUCACGGCUGACAGAGCUGACGGCAGCGACGGUGGAAGGGGCUGUUGGCGAGCCCAAAGCGGCCGCCGCACCUGCCAUGGAGGCUCCUGUUUCCACUUCGCCUCCGUCCUCAGCGGAGUCGCCGCCAUCGCCGCGUGCACAAUUUCUGCACCGCGUGCACGAGCUUGAGGAUGAGCUGCGCAACGCCAAUUUCCGCAUGGACCAGUGGCACGCCCUGCUCGACGCCGAACGGCACGCCCACGUAGUGCAGAUGGACCAACUCACGCAGCAGCUGCAGAGCGAGCAGCGACGACGCGCCCGUGCGAGUCGCAGUCGAAGUCGAAGCCUCUCACCGCUUGGCAAUGGUACGGUGUCUUCGUUGUGCUUGGAGAGCUCGGUGAGGAAUGAAGCCAGAGGAGCACAACCGCUAGCACCGCCGCCGCCACUCGCGUUUUUUCCACCUCCAGCGGCGGAGAUGCGCCAGCUCAACUCGAGCGGCGAGGCUGCACUAGCACCGGCCUCACUGAGAGAGAAUCACGAAGCGCAACUGCAGCAGCACAUCAACACCCUCGCCGAACAGCUGCAUGGUGCCGAAGUGCACGCAGCAGAGGAACGCACCAAGCGAGUCGCAGCCGAGGAUGUCAUCAGAGUUCUUGAAUGUGAGCAGCGUGUGCUUCGUGAGCGGCUGGAGGCGCUAGAGAACGAACGGGCAGUAGCCGUAGCGCAGCAGCAACGGACAGAACUCGACGCCGUGCAGCGUGAAGAGGCCCUUCGUCGAGAAUUCGAGUCGCACAUGCAGACACUCUCCAUCAUGCAAGCCGCACAGGCAGCCAACAAAAAGCUGCAGCUGCACUUGACGGGAGAGCUCGAUGCCGAGCGCCGCGCUAGAGCAGCAGCAGACGUAGAACUAAGCACACUGGAUCGACUCGUGCGAGACGGUGAAGAGGCGCAGCAGCAGUUGCGUUGCGAGCGUGACAAAGCCCUUCAGCGAGAAAAGGAAGUUCGGGAGAACGCAGAAGCGGAGGCGCAGGCAGCGCAGUCGAGAAUUGCCACCUUGCAGGAGCGCAUCGAGUCCACGAUGGACCAACUGCGCGCUGCCGAGGCAGAAAGUGGGGAGCACCGGCACCGCUGCAUGGCCACAGAGACGCAAGCUGCGGCGUUGGAGUCUGCUCGAAAAGCGCUAACGGAUCGAGUGAUGAUGCUGGAGAAAGAGCUAUUUACUGCACACGCUACUCAGAAACAGUGGCAGCAGGACACCGAGGAGCACGAACGCGCCUUGCGCCAAGAGUACGAGGAAACCGCCGCAAACGCUGGCGCUGCGAUGGAGGCGCAAUGCCGCGCAAACAAGGAGCUGCAUCAGCGCUCGGAGGAAGAGCUGCGCGUUAUGCAACGUGCACAAGCAGUCAGCGACGAAGCCCAUCGUACUGCCUUUGAAGAGGCCACACGCAAGCUGGCAAACGCUGAGCAGGUGGCCCAGCUUGCCAUGAACAAUCUGCGUCGCGAACGCGAGACUCACGAGAUCACAGCCACCGCUCUUCAGAAGGCUGAGUUGGAGAAUGAGGAGCUACACCGGUGUGUCAGUGCUGUAUUAGGAAAACAACACCUCGCGGAGUUGGAUGCUGCUGAACAGCGCCGACAACGGGACCGCAUCGUAGAGUUGGAAAGGGAGCUGGAGGCAGUGCAUGCGCAGCAGCAGGACCGCCUGGAGCAACAACAAGAGAGUGCAAAGAAACGCGAGGAUGCUCUCAGUCAGGCGGUGGAGGCACAUGUGCGCACCAUAGCUGCAUUACAGGAAGGCAAGUCUGCCAGUGAUAAGCUUCGGCAGCGCUUAGAGGAGGAAUUGCAGUCCGAGAAGUUGGCACGAGCUGCCGAAACAGCAGCGCACAAGGCGGUGCUUGCCGGUGUUCAAGAUCAAGUAAGCCGAGUCGAGCAGCGAGCUCAAGAGGGUGCCGGUGCUCUUCGACGCGAGGAGCGGGCACAUGCACGCCUACUUGCUGAGAUGCAGACCACAGAUGCCCAUGCACAGCAACGUGCACAAAGCUGGUGGUCAGCACACGAGGCGUGCUCGCUGGAGUGGAUAGAGGCGAAGACACUCAUGAUGGCGGACGCGUGGAGCAUCAAGUACGCGGAGUUGCAGCUGCAACUGCAUGAACUGCAAUCCCAGCGACGAGGAGCGCGACCGCAGCAGACUCCCUCAUGUGUGACCCCGUCGCCAAUCGCUGCCAGGAGCCCCCCGGUGAAAUCUGAACGGAGAAAAGAGAGGAGAAGCGGGGGCAGGGAAAAGCACCACGAUCAGUCUCCUGCGCUAGACCCAGUUGACCUCGUGCAGGCUGUGAGUGUUGCACCGAGGCCACAGCCGGAAAUGGUGGCCGUCUCCGUUGACGACCCGCUAGGGUUGCGUUAUGAGCUGCAGCGCAAGAUACGCCACAUCGCCAGCCUUGAGGAGCGCGUUCGCCAGCUGGAGGAGGCCCACGGAGCGGAUCAGCAGGUGGUGUCGGCCCUGCAGAAACGUGUGGCACAAGAAGAGAUGCGUGACCGGAACGGAGUCGCAGCCGCCUCACGUCUGCCCCCACCCCCGGCCUCACUGCCCACGACCGCGGCAUCGUGGUUAUCCAGGUCGUUGCCGCAUACGCCAUCGCGAAGGUGGUCAGCAUGCGACCCGACGUUGGUGGAAGGCCACAACAAAUCCGCUGCCCUCUUGUGGGACCCCAACACCAGUAGCCGCAGCGGCGCGGCGAGUCCAUCAAGCACCAUGGAGGGAAAGCGACUGACACCCAAUGAGUACCGGCAGCGCUACGCGUGUAUUUGA